AACAAAAACACUAAAUAUCCAGCAAAAUAUAGUCCUGUGUCUGAGGAGACUGCAAAACCAAAAUGUGGUUACUAUUAACAGUGGCAAGUUUGAUAUCUGCUCUUGGAACUACACAAGCUUUCUUUGGAAGACAAAAUCAUGAAAGCCCUGAAGUGAAUAUGAAUAUUGGUCAGAUGAUUUCUUAUUGGGGAUACCCAAGUGAAGAAUAUGAAGUCGUGACUGAAGAUGGUUAUAUUCUAGAGAUCUUCAGAAUUCCUUAUGGGAAGAAAAAUGCUGAGAAUAGAGGCCAGAGACCUGUUGUGUUUUUGCAACAUGGUUUGCUCACAUCAGCCACAAACUGGAUUGCCAACCUGCCCAACAACAGCCUGGGCUUCCUUCUGGCUGAUGCUGGCUAUGACGUGUGGCUGGGGAACAGCAGGGGAAACACCUACGCCAGGAGGAAUCUCUACUAUUCACCAAACUCAGCUGAAUUCUGGGCUUUCAGCUUUGAUGAAAUGGCUAAAUAUGACCUUCCAGCCACAAUUGACUUGAUUUUAAAGAAAACUGGACAGGAAAAUCUACACUAUGUUGGCCAUUCCCAGGGCACCACCAUUGGUUUUAUUGCCUUUUCUACUAAUCCCAAACUGGCUAAAAAAAUCAAAGCCUUCUACGCAUUGGCUCCAGUUGCUACCGUGAAAUACAUCAAAAGCCCGCUAAAAGAACUUACACUUAUUCCUACAUUCCUCUUCAAGGUUAUAUUUGGUGACAAAGUAUUCUUCCCACAUCAUUAUUUUGAUAAUUUCCUGGCCAAUGAAUUGUGCUCCCGAGAGUUACUAGAUGAGAUCUGCAGCAAUGCUUUAUUUAUCAUUUGUGGAUUCGACUAUAAGAACUUGAACAUGAGCCGCCUGGAUGUGUAUCUGUCACAUAACCCAGCAGGGACUUCUGUUCAAAACAUGCUCCACUGGACCCAGGCUGUUAAGUCUGGGAAAUUUCAAGCUUUUAACUGGGGAAGCUCAGUUCAGAACAUGAUGCACUUUGAUCAGCCUACACCUCCCUUCUACAAUGUGACGGACAUGAAUGUGCCAAUUGCAGUGUGGAAUGGUGGCAAAGAUUGGUUGGCUGACCCUCAAGAUGUUGACCUUUUGCUUCCAAAGCUUCCUAAUCUCAUUUACCACAAGGAGAUUCCCUUUUACAAUCACUUGGAUUUCAUCUGGGCAAUGGAUGCCCCUCAAGAAGUUUACAAUGAAAUUGUAAACUUGAUGGGAAAAGAUCAAAAAUAGUUCCGGAUUUGAAGAAUUAUCUAUUUACUUUUUCAAAUACCUUUUUUUUUUUCUCUCUCCUGUCAAUGAUUUUCUGUAACGUUUGAGAUACAAUGCUUCUUUCAAUAAUUUUGACUUUAGAAAUAUAUUAGCAUCAUCCAAUUUUCUGUUUUUCUUUUAAAAGA